AUGGCAGCUGUACAUUCUGCUCCCUCAUUGCAUUCGCUGCAGUCGCACGCAUCGUCGUCGCGAGACAUCGAACUCGAUGUCAUUGCCCCUGCGGCCCCUACCACGCCGUCCGGCGGGAACAGUACGGCACCACCCUCCGCGGCGGUCAGCCAGACCUCGCUCACCCCUCCGGCCGCGACCAAGAUGCGCGAAAUCUCCAUCUGCGUCUCGGCCUUCUUCCUCACGUUCACGACCUGCGGCGCCGUGUUCUCGUUUGGCGUCUACCAGGACCUGUACCAGACCAUGGCCGAGGAGCCCAACACACCCUUCACGGGCGCCAGCCCGGCCAUCAUCGACCUUAUUGGCACCCUCACUGCGGCGUUCAUGAUGCUCGGCGCACCGCUGACCAUCGGGUACACCAAGAGCUUUUCCCCGCGCGCAAUCAUCUUCACGGGCGCGGUGCUCUACUUUGUCGCGUCCAUCCUCGCCUCCUUUUCGCAGCACCUGUGGCAGUUUAUCCUCACGCAGGGCCUGCUGAUGGGUAUCGCUACGUGCCUGUCGUACAUCCCCGCCGUGACGGUUGCGCCGAUGUGGUUUGACCGGAACCGCGCGCUGGCCAUGGGCCUGAUUCUCAGCGGAACGGGUGUGGGUGGCCUCGUCUUCUCGCCGUUCCUGCAGGCGCUCAACGCCAGCGUCGGGUUCCGCAACUCGCUCCGUAUCGCGGGCGCGGUCACGACCGUGUGUAUCGUCAUCGGCGGCAUCGUGCUCGACUGGGACCCCGUGUCCAAGGCGCGCAUGCAGGCCGAGAAGGACGCGCGCCGCAGCAGGUACGGCGCAGGCGACAGGCUGCGCCAGUUCUGGGACAUUCCCCUCGUCAACUGGCGUAUUGCGCGCUCGUCCAAGUUUACCGCGCAGCUCGUCGCAGGCAUGCUCCAGGCUGCGGCAUACUAUACGCCCGUGUUCUUCUUCUCGGCGUACGCCCGCACGCUGGGAUACUCUGCCAAGACCGGUGCGGGCUUCAUCUCCGUCAACAACGCGUGCAACGCCCUCGGCAAGAUCCUGCUCGGCAUCGUCGCCGACCGUAUCGGCCGCGUCAACAUGCUGCUCAUCACCACGGCCCUGUCGGCCAUCUGCAGCUUUGUCUUCUGGCUGCCGUCGACGCUGACCCCGAGCCUCCCGGCCGCCCAGGGCCUGUUUAUCACGUACGCCAUCACGUACGGCACGUUUGCGUCGGCGUACGUCUCGCUCUUCCCGGCCGCCUUGAUCGAGGUGUUUGGCCCGCAAAACUUUGCGUCGGUCAACGGUGUCCUGUACAUGGUGCGCGGGAUGGGCACGCUCAUCGGCACGCCCAGUGCCGGUGCCAUGAUCCGCUCGUCGGCGCACGCGGCCCUGCCGUCGGGAUACAAGGACAUGAGCGUGCUCGUCGGCUGCCUGCUCGCUGGCGCUACGGCGGGUGUGGUGUGGCUCCGUAUCGAGCAGGGUAUUGACAAGCAGCAGCGGUGA